CUACAUCGUAUCAUGCUUCCAGUCCCUUCUCUGUUGAUAUUUCCCGCACCCAACGAGUGCUAUUCAAGAAAUACACUCAAAUCUCAUUUCACACGUUAAAACCUUCUUGUUACCUUCACUAACGUAUUUUUUCUCGGCCUUUGCUUCGCCUGUCUUCAAAUUUGCUUUAUGGGAAGCUUUCAGCUAGUAAACAAUCAAAUAGAAAAUUUAAAACCAACUAUACAAUCGCUUUUUGUAUAGUUUUAAUGGGAUUUGAUGGCAGACAAACGAUAUUCAACAGGGACCAACUCCCUGUCCUAUCACGUGAUAUCAUUAGAGAAACAAAGAGAGAAAGGACUUUGAUUGAAUCAUCUAUUGAAAAGGUCGCUGUUCAUAUCGAAGCUCCUACGUUGUUAAGGAAUUCUAGAAGGGAGAGGGCACUCAAGAAAGUUUGUAUAUGAGCACAUCAUGGGUGAGACAUUCAGGGUGAAAUUUCGUGUUGAGUACAAAGGGAAAAGAAAUGAUGUGGACACUCCGCAUCCUCUAAGUGUAGAGCUUGACGAUGGAUCAACUAUUAUAGAUCUCUUACGAAAUGCUGCUCGCUUUCAUCAAGAAUACGGAUUUACAACAAGGUACAUUAACGGCGUUGGCGAUGUUGUCACGGCCUUUAACAAUAUCUUGAAUGACGAGGAAGAAGAUAUGCGGUGGAUUUUUUACAGCCCUAGUGGUAUCGCCAUUGAGAAACCGCUCGGCCGCUUUAGAUUGACCGCAGGUGACGAAGUCGUAGCUUGUUACGAGCGGCUUCAAGAUGACAGAGAUGAUCAACUGAUACAAUUGGGGAUCAAGAAAUUGCCAUCCAAGUAACUUUUUUUCACUCACUUUCAUUUUGUAAUGUGAUAGAGCUUGCAAGGAAUUUAGGCUAUUUUAUUUCAAAGUUGAGCGACGGGCGCUGUUUUUGGAGCUAGUAUAUUUGUGUUGAAAUUUGUAUUAGUGUAUUUUUUUGACCAAUUUUCAAGCGACCCUUCCCUUACUUGCACUAGAUGGAAUAUUUGGAUCACAACACAUUCUAUACUGGUACUUUACGCAUUAUCUUUUGUUAUAUUGUAGGUUAAUCAUUUCUUUUGCCCAUGCAGUGAAUUUUGUCAAUAAAGGCGGGAAUUUUGUAUCAUUUACAAAGUUUCAGUUUAGAAGGAGUUUACAAUUGUCCCUAAACGGUGAAAUUAAAAUUACAAACAAAUAUUAUUUCAGAGUCACAAUCUCCCAUGUGGUUGAUUUUCUAAAUCUAGCUAGCAUCCCUAGAGGGAGGGGGGGAGAGAUGAUUGAAAGUUUAUCUGGGGUUCUCAAAAUACGGUUAGCCUUUUUAGGUGAUAAUUUGUAUUUACGAACAUUCAUUGUAGUUUAUUUCCUGAAUUUGUUGCUGAAAGUUAAUUAUUUUAUUUGGCAUCUUAAGAAGUGUU